AUCUCCGUCAUCAUGGCCGCUGAUUAAUAAAUUUUCACAACAAAAGUUUUUCUUUUUGCUGGAAUAUAUCUUCUUCUGUGUGUGUAAAAGUGAAUCUGAAAUGUGCAUUUAGUACAUGAACUUUCAGAGUUUUGAACUGUAUCUAGUGACAACUACCAGAGAUGUCCGAGUCUAGUUCAGCUGCGACAUCCUCUUCUACAAGCACGCCUGGCAACGUCGUUAGUGCCAUGACAGGCAACACAACACAGACAUCAACGACUGCUUGCUCUCAGCCCCAGUCUAACCUGCGACCUCCAUCCCAACCACCCCCUCAACAACAUCCACAGCCACCACCACCACUACCACCUCCUUCUGUACCACAGCAACUGCAGCCUGCCAUGCAUCAGAUGCAGCAGCAUAUGUCGCAGCCGCUGCAGUCUCUACAGCCACUACAGCCAUCUCCGAUGUCUCAGAUGACCCAACAGUCACCGAACAUGCAAUCGCAAGCGGCGCAGAACAUGCAGUCACCUGGGAAUACACCAACGAUCCGCUCGCCUCUGCCACAGGUUCAGGUGAUUCAUCACCAGAACGCCUACCUGCAACAGUUCUACACCCAGCAACAACAGUUCAUGCUACAGAAUGCUGCUGUCCAAGCCAUGCAAGCCCGUGGUAUCAACCCCCAGCAGUUAAACUUGGCACAGCUACGGCCUCAGUUGAUGGACCCAAAGAACCAGACGAUGAUGUCUGCCCCUGUCUCUCUCAGCCAAGCAGUAAGACCAAUGGUGAGCCUCUGUCAAGUGUCACAGCAGGGCAAUCCGCAGCAGGGAAUCUCCACAGCAAACUCAGUCAAGUCAGUCGUUGCCGGCAAACCAGGCACGAUCACAACGCAAGCCACGCCUCAGAUGAUUGGCAGCAAACAAGUGCAAUUACAGCAGCGGGGUCCUCAACCUCUGGUUAUUGGCCAGCUCGGCAAUAUCAGCAAUCUUGGUAAUCUUGGGAUCGGUAUACCUGGCCAAAACUCGCAGAACACACAAGCUUUAGUGGCACAGGGUAAAACACAAACAGUGACUGUUGCAGCCUCGCCACAACCUCAGGUGCUGAGCAGUCCAACACAGUUACGGUUUUCAGGGCCCCAGCUCGUGACAAACACGGGACAGAUCAUCACAUCACAGCCAGCAAUGCUGACCAGCCCGACUAUGCUGAAUCACCUCCAGGCCAUGGCAACACUCCAACAGGGCAUCCCAAUGGCUCAUCAUCAACAGUUGGUGGGUGGUAGCCAAUCGCCUGCUAUCAUUACGGGACAGCCACCUCUUUACAUACGGACCACCGGACCGAUCCAACAGCCUCAGGGUGUCGUUACAAACAUUCAGGGUAUCACGCAAAUAAAGGGACGUCAGAAUGCUGAGACAAAUACGACAACGAACAUGUUAACGAGGCCAAUUAUUACGCCUACUAAACACACAACUGCCAGUCAGACAUCAAAACCUGCUUCUUUGCAAGGAAACCAGAAACCGCCGAGCAUAAAUGGAUCGACCCAAACGUCAAAUAAUUUGUCGAAAGCUGGGAGUAUUCUACCCAAACAAAUAAGCCGUGUGAAAGGCAAAAGUCAGUCAAAACCUAGUUCUCCAGUUCCUCCCACUGCCAUGGGGAAAGCCCAGUCGAAACCUAGCACACCCAUCCCCCAACCAUCACCUAGUCCUCCCACGUUCAAAAACCAGACUGAAAUCAAGAAAGAGGCUAGUAAAGCACUCGCCACAAAUGACAAUAAAACAAAUAAGACAGAUUCUGUGAGUACAGGCACCGAUAUGGAAAAAAUACCAGAAGCCCAGGUGCAAGUGCCCCCUGGUGAGAAGGAGAAUAACUGUGUGGCGAGUGUGGAGACGCAGAUGGAGGAGCAUGACGAACCACCACAGCUGGAGAAGCAGAAGGCGAUCGUUAAGCCACAUGUUCUCACUCACAUCAUCGAGGGCUUCGUCAUCCAAGAAGGGCCCGAGCCGUUCCCAGUAAGUAAUAGGGUGCAGCGCUCAUCUAUCCUGACUGAUAUGAUCCCACCGAAAAUACCCCGCGUCGACAAGGAGUCUGAAUCUGAAGAGAAAGGUGACGACAAGGAGAUGUCCUUUGAUGGCAAGCAGACUCUGAAGUGUGAGUUCUGUGGAAAGGUGGCGCCUGCCCGCAAGUUUAAACGUUCAAAGCGUUUCUGUUCAAUGGCUUGUACUAAGCGUUACAAUGUUGGAUGCUCGCGUCGCCUCGGACUGUUUGAGCCGAAAGGGAGUGGCCCAGGGAAACCAUUCUCCAAGAAGAGGCAUGCGCUGAAGUUACGGAAUAAAGGCUGGCGGCGAGGCCAGGGUGGUCGAUUGGCGUACACUAUUGCACAACAACAGAAACAACAACAGGAGGUGCUCAAAUUCACUCGCUGUGUACCUGUGAAGCUGCGUGGAUCACAUCGACGAACUUCCACCAAAUCAAAGCCUGAUAAUCACGGAACGCGGCCUCAUGAUUUACAGGUCUAUCACCAUGGGCCAGGUGGCCGACCUCCAUCCAACACAAGCCCCGAUGCCACCAAGUUCCCACUUUAUCCACCCGAACAGACGAGUGACAGCAGCUCACAGUCGGGCCGUGAUGACACAUCAUCACCGGCGACGCCCGUACAACAGGACUACAGUCCUGAGCUGAUGGAUGUGGAGGAAGAGGAUUGUGAACAGAAGCAUCCCUCCAAGUGGACAGUGGAUGAAGUGUAUGAGUUUAUCAGAUUAUUACCAGGUUGUGACACGCAUGCGUAUGAGUUUAAACAACAGGAGAUUGACGGUCAGGCGCUGUUGCUACUGAAAGAAGACCAUCUGAUGUCUGCCAUGAACAUUAAACUUGGCCCCGCAUUGAAGAUAUGUGCCAGGAUUAAUUCACUGAAGGAGGAGUUAGCGUAGAGAAUUGUGGACAAGGAUGGCUGCUUCUUCAGCUCAUCGAUAGGGACAAGAACAUAUGCUUGAUAUAGGUAAAGAACUUAUUACAGCUUGUGAUUUCAAUGGUGCUUGCACUGGUGCUGUUGAGACCUACUCAAGUUCAAUACACGAUGUGGGAAGUGAUUGUUCAAAACAAAUUUUGUCACCAAUGUUGGUGUAAACUUAACUUGGUGUUGAGUCUAAUGGAUAUAACGUAGGGAGAUAAGGCCAAGUUAACGCCUCUGUUGGUGGCAAAUCUUGUUAUGAACAACCAUGCCCUAUAUCUGCUCUAAACAAACUAACUUACAUCAGAGUUACAGAUGUCAAUUUCCUUGAUGAUCUGAAUUGUUCACGCCUGCUCCAAUUUCAUGAGAUUUUACUAUUUAUUCUUAAACUGUUUGAAUGUUUUUAUUUCUGAAAGACUACUAUUGAGAUUAUUGUAGGAUCCAUGUCACGAGAUGUGUGCAAAAUGCUAAGAGGGAAAGCUUUAUGAGCCUCAGAGGUUAUUUCUGACAAUGACGAUAUGUUUAGUGCCAUACCGAUAAUGAUUCCUCUGCAUGAUAAGCUUAUGACACAGAUAUACUUAUGAUGGUGAACUGUAUGACUUAGUGUUUCAGCUAGAAAUUUACCUAUAAACAGAAUUUCACCUUUAAAGAAAUAAGAAACAUGCAGUCUCUUGAGGGUUUGGCUUUAAGACAAUUUGAAAUGUUCAAGAACCUUUUUUGCUGUUGGUGCGUAAUGAGUCAGUCUGAUAUUCACAUGGGCAUUUCUUUAGAGGAUUUUUUGGUGCAUUGUUGCAUGCAAAUAGACAAGGUGGGAUAUUUUUGAGAUGGUGGACAAUUUAUUUUGGUUGCAUAUGAUGCCGAUAGAUGCUCUUUUUAUAUAUUGUUAUUUAAUGAUAUUGAAUGAUGUGGUACCCUGUGAGGGUCUUAGAGCUGACUGACAGGAACAUUUUCCUCAGAUUCUCAUGUGUCAUGAGUUGUGGCAAGUUCAUCGAGCAAAUUAGUCUACACAUAUUUCCAUGUUGAUUAAUGAAUGUACCUGCAGUUUAAGUGCACUCGCACCGAUAAAUAUUGCGGCGGAAAUUGUCUGUGGAAAAUACUUGUGAUGACAAGAUAUCGGCUGCUGAUACUCUACUGUCAACCUGCACAUAUUUGGUUGCCUUUUGUGAUCAAGUUCUUGUGAGUGUGCAGAUAAUUGCAAAAAGAAAAGCUAAUGGAAAUACUGUAACCUGUUUGUCAAAAUGCUAAAUGACAAUUUGCCAGAGUUGCUAUUUCAUAUUAAAUCGGCUGCAAAUAUUUCAGUUGGACAGUUAAUUCAAAAUGAUGUGUCAGAAUUGGGUACCAUUUGCAUAAACAUAAUGUGACAUAGAGAUGAUUGAUAACAUAAUAAUGUUUUAGGUACAUUUUGAAACCUUUUGAAGCACGUAAUUGAUGUUGAGUAAAUAAUGUAUUUAAUGGUAUAUAUGAUAUCUGCGAGAGAAAAAUGUUAGUAGUCAUUCUUGUGCUUGGAUGUGAAUGUAGCUUUAGAUGAAUGUUGUAAUCAGUGGUAAUUCCUAUAUUUGACGAGUUGAGUUAGUUCGAGUGCAUGUUUUUAGUGACUCCAGCUAUAUCGAUGCUCCAAGAGCACAUCGGUGCUACCAGUGGAUGAGUAGGCCUUUAGAAAGUUUCUCAUAGAAUGUCUGUUGUCGUUUUUUCUCUCUUUGGUGGUCACAUUUCUUUACUGUCACUUAUAUGGGAAAAUGUUUAUGAAGUUUCUGUUUGAGUCGAAGAAAAGGUUUGGUAGAAGUUACCAGUAGGUCACAAAGUACAGAUGUAUCCCUGUAUCUGCACAAGAACCAUGUCAAGUGGCCUUUGUAAUUCAUUUUGCUAUUUCCGGGACGUUUUGGUGCCCUGAACCAGCUGUGAAGAUCCUAACCUGAUAUCACUGCCAUUUUUGAGAUUCUCCGAUCAACUGACUGGUUGGGCGCUUACACGUUACGAUUGCAGUCACUGGGUCUGAUUGUUUAAAUAUCGAUAACCACCUGAGCUAUUGACUUGACACUUAGUACACGUGAACCCCAGGGUCAGGUGACCUCUGACACCAAAUUUUAUUUUGAUCUAAUUUUCAACUUUGCUACUAAUUGAACAAAAGUGAAUGUGUAAAAAAUGCAUUUCAUCAGGUACAAGAAUGCUUCAUGUAUGUAAUCAUCAAUACUAUUACUCAUUCAGUAUAUUCUACCUUGUAGUGUAGAGGCCACCUGUGCAUGAUACACUUAUAUACUUGCGUCUAAACCAUUGUAACUUAAUAUCUAUAAAAUAUGUCACUAACCAUGCUUGCUAAAAAAAUUACUGCAAUGAUUUCUUACCUAAUUUUCACUUUGAUAUUUAUUUUAAAUCUCAUUUGACUAAUGCUUUGAAAUGGUAGUUUUCAUCACUUUUGGUUAAAACUUUGUGGUGGGCUGAAGCCUGGCGUCCUUGGACCUUUUGUGCAUUGGCCUUGUUAUAAAGACAUAACAUUAUUAGCUAUCGUGUUAAAACCCUGAAAAAAUUAUAUGGUAUAAGCACAUUUUCAUUAUGACCAGUUUUGACUACUAGCUUACUGUCAUCUCCUCAGUGCUACUCCUCAACCUCGUAGUCUUUUGUUAUCCGUUUCUUUGUUAUAGUGUUUUUAGUACUUCUUUAUGUACAUGUAUAAUUGUCAGUCAUCAAAUAAAAAGAAAACCCGU